AGCUUACUUGUCAUUACUUGUCGCAAGCGAGCAACGGAGCAAGUGACCGCCACGAAUUCUAUCUGAUAACUUUAUUAUUAGUACUGAUUUCGACAGUUGUGCAUUGCCUGUGCGCGAUCAUGGCUUUCGCAGUGCUCAAUAUGCCCGGAAAUAUACAGAGGCUACAAAGGGUUUUCCAAAGAGCUUAUUCCGACGCCAAGUUUCCUCAGAUCACAACGCAUUACACGGUGGUACCUAGGGAGACGGAUUCAAGAUGGAAAGAUGUGAACAUGGAGAGGUACGUGGACGAAACCGAUAUCCUGAUUGUCGGUGGUGGGCCAGGGGGAUUGUCAGCGGCUAUCCAGGCUCGCAGGCUGGCAGAGAAGCACGGCAAGGAGCUCAGGGUUACCCUUGUUGAGAAGGCAUCUACCAUUGGUGGACACAUCCUUAGCGGCGCUUGCUUGGAUCCGAUCGCUCUGAACGAGCUCUUUCCAAACUGGAAGGAACUGGGCGCACCGCUGCACACUCCUGUCAUGGAAGACAAAUUUGCGUUUCUUACCGAAAAGAAAAGGAUAUCCGUACCUAUCUUCAAAGGAAUGCCAAUGUACAAUCACGGAAAUUACAUCGUGAGAUUGGGACACGUCGUGGCAUGGCUUGGCGAGCAGGCGGAAGCCGCCGGUGUCGAGAUGUAUCCUGGCUACGCGGCAGCAGAGGUUCUCUAUCACGAGGACGGGUCCGUCAAAGGGGUGGCCACGAACGACGUUGGUAUCGCAAAAGAUGGCUCGCCCAGAGACACGUUCGAACGCGGUAUGGAGCUUCACGCGAAGUGCACCAUAUUCGCGGAGGGCUGUCACGGUCACCUGACGAAACAAUUGUCGAAGAAACUGAAUCUCAGGAAAGAUUGCGAGCCGCAGACGUACGGUAUCGGAUUGAAAGAGAUUUGGGAGGUAGAACCGGGCAAACACAGACCCGGAGCGGUUGAACAUACAGUUGGCUGGCCGCUCAAUAAGAAUACAUACGGUGGCUCAUUUCUGUAUCAUCUGAACGAAGAGACACCUCUGGUUGCCGUAGGUUUCGUCAUAGGAUUGGAUUACAGCAAUCCCUAUCUGUCUCCAUUCAAGGAGUUCCAGAGGUUUAAGCAGCAUCCGAGCAUCAGGCCAACAUUCGAGGGAGGAAAGAGGAUAGCCUAUGGUGCUAGAGCGUUGGUAGAAGGUGGGUUCCAGUCCAUUCCCAAGCUUCAGUUCCCCGGUGGUUGCCUGAUCGGGUGCACGGCAGGUUUCCUGAACGUUCCGAAAAUUAAGGGAACUCAUAACGCCAUGAAGAGCGGAAUGCUGGCCGCGGAAAGUGUUAUCGAAGCGAUCGUAGACGCAGAGAGCAACGCGUCGCCGACAAAAGGCUUAGAGCCGAAAACGUACACCGAUAAGAUAAAGAACAGUUGGGUUUAUAAAGAACUGAAAGCCGUGAGAAAUAUGAGGCCCAGCUUCCACUCCUCUCUCGGACUAUACGGCGGCUUAAUGUACUCGGGUUUCUCCAUGCUGUUAGGCGGAAGGGAACCGUGGACCUUGUCUCAUGGAGGUCCCGACUACAAGAAACUGAAAUCCGCAGCUGAAUCGACGCCCAUAGAAUAUCCGAAGCCGGACAACGAGGUAUCCUUCGACCUCCUGUCAUCCGUGGCUCUAACUGGCACCAAUCACGAAGCCGAUCAGCCAGCCCAUUUAACAUUGAUGGACGAUACCGUUCCGGUGAAGAGGAAUCUCGCGGAAUUUGCUGGUCCGGAAGGACGAUUCUGUCCUGCUGGUGUUUAUGAAUUCGUGCCUUUAGAAAGCGGAGAAGGCGAAAGGUUACAGAUCAAUGCGCAGAAUUGCAUUCACUGCAAGACUUGUGACAUUAAGGAUCCGAGCCAGAACAUCAAUUGGGUCGUGCCCGAGGGAGGCGGCGGUCCAGCUUACAAUGGCAUGUAAAAUUGACUAAUUCAUUGGAUGUGCAAUGUUUGAUCAGGUUUAGCUCGUCUUUCCGUAUACUGUUCAAUAUCCUUUUUGUAUCAUUCUUUUCGAGAAAAUGUAGAUAUAUUAUUGAGUCACAAUCAUGUUCCUGAUCUUGUGAAUAAUUGGAUAUUUCUAAUUGUAAUUUGAGUUAUGUGGAUCAGAGAUUCGCGCGAGUAAUCAAUAGUGUAAUCAUUGUAUGAUAUAUUGUACACAAACGAUGGAAUUACUUCUGAUUCGAAUGGAUUAAUACGGUCACGGAAUUAAUCCUGAUCGAUAGAAAUGGGUGAUCUGUCUUUCCUAUAGUCAUAGGUGUACACAUUGUCGAUUUCGUAACUAUAUAUAUAACUCCUCGUCUAUCAGAGCAGUUUAAAAGAUUUAUCGUUUGCUGGAAUAAUGGUUAUUGGACCAUACGUGUCGUUGAACAGAUUGGAAAAUAUCGCGCGUGGUACGUUUUUAUUGCACGAAAUGUUUCUCGAAGAUGAAGAAAAAUGUUUUCAGAUACAUGUACAAUAAUGCUAUUCUUAUUGCUUUUUGAUAAAGUUUGUAUAGAUGAUCCAUUUAUACAUAUGUUAUAUUUUUAUACAAGAGAACUGAAAUAAAUAUAUUUACGAUAAUCAA